GUUAUUCUGCCUCACUCUGAAGAGACACACACACUGACAGACGGACCGACCUGCAGACACAAACCAGCACGACUUCCACUGAGAGAGGACAGGAGGAGGAGGGGAUACUGGGAGUACUUGUUAUACUGGGAUACUGGGAAUACCAACACUUCAACCUGCUGCUGAAUCCACAAACUGAACAAGAGUUUCAAAGAAAAACAAUCAAAGUGAAAGUAACUCUGAGGGACGGGGAGUGGCUUCCUGUUUUUUCUGCUGCGUGUUUUGACUCUGAGAUAAAAUGGCGUCCAAGUUAGAGGAAGGUCUGAGCUGUCCGAUCUGCCUCGAGAUCUUUAAAGAUCCAGUCAUCCUCUCCUGCUUCCACAGCUUCUGUAAAGACUGUCUGCAGAGCUGCUGGAAGGAGAAGGAGAAUAAAGAGUGUCCAGUCUGUAAGAGGAGACAUUCAAAGGGAUUAUUACCAAUAAACUUUGCUUUAAAGAACCUGUGUGAGAGUUUUCUGCAGGAGAGAGAUCAGAGAGCUUCAGAGGAUCUCUGCAGUCUGCACUCUGAGAAACUCAAACUCUUCUGUCUGGACCAUCAGGAGCCGGUGUGUGUCGUCUGCAGAGAUUCAGAAAAACACUCUGAGCACAGAUUCAGACCCAUCGAUGAAGCUGCUGGACAACACAAGAAGAAACUUGAGGAAACUCUGGAGCCGGUAAAGAAGAAGUUAAAUGUUUUUAAAGAAGUUAAAGUGAAGUUUGAUCAAACAGCAGAACACAUUCAGGUCCAGGCCCGACACACAGAGAGGCAGAUUAAGGAGCAGUUUAAGAAGCUUCACCAGUUUCUAGAAGAGGAAGAGGAGGCCAGGCUGUGUGCACUGAGGGAGGAAGAGGAGCAGAAGAGUCAGAGGAUGAAGGAGGAGAUGGAGGCUCUGAGCAGAGAGAUAGCAGCUCUUUCACACACAGUCAGAGACACAGAGGACGAGCUGAGAGCUGAAGACGUCUCAUUCCUGAAAAACUACAAGGCUGCAGUGGAAAGAGUCCAGCAGCGCCCCCUGCUGGAGGAUCCACAGCUGCCCUCAGGAGCUCUGAUAGACCAGGCCAAACACCUGGGCAACCUGAGCUUCAACAUCUGGAACAAGAUGAAGGACAUGGUCUCCUACACUCCGGUCAUUCUGGACCCAAACACUGCUCAUCCAGUCUUCAUCCUGUCUGAAGAUCUGACCUGUGUGACACCAGGAGAGAGACAGCAGCUUCCUGAUAAUCCAGAGAGGUUUGAUUCUUUUAGCUCUGUCCUGGGCUCUGAGGGCUUUAACUCAGGGACUCACCGCUGGGACGUCCAGGUUGGAGACAGUACAUACUGGUCACUGGGUGUGUUAGCAGAGUCUGUAAAGAGGAAGGGACUCAUACAGUCUGGAUUUUGGAGAAUAUGGUUCAAAGAUGGUAAAUACAAAGCACGCUCCCCAUCACAUCCAGUCACUGAUCUCUCAGUGAAGAAGAAGCCUCAGAGGAUCAGAGUGAAUCUGGACUGUAACAGAGGAGAGCUGUCGUUCUCUGAUCCUGAUACUAACACACACAUACACACCUACACACACACUUUCACUGAGAGGAUGUUUCCAUACAUUAACACUGGUGAUAAACUGAAGAUUUUACCAGAGAAGAUCUCUGUGACUGUGGAACACUAAUACAUGAUGAUGAUGUUCUGAAUCUUCGUCUCUGAUUCUCUUAGGGUUGUGUGACUGCGUUGUCAUGGUGAUGAUGAUGUUGUUUUGUUGAAUCAUUCAUUAUAACUUUGAGUAUUUCCACAGCAGGUCAAAUCUUGAUCCUGAUUGGUUGGUUUGUUGGAGUCUAUUUAAAGAUAAUCUGCUCAGCGUGUUAACUGGUUAACUCAUCUGUUGCUUCAGCUGCUGUGAACGUUUGAUUUCAGACUUUUUCACUUGAACUCUAAGGAGUCCCUGAAGGCAUCAUCUGUAUCUUUGUGUGCAUUAUGAGUUAUUAUCCUGCAUGGAGAGAAUGAAACAGUAAUGAUUAUUAUCUGAUCUGAAAUCACUCUACAUUUGUAGAAUAAUAACUUCAGAUCAUCACGUUUUACUCUUCUUACUAAAUCGUAGUUCCAUCUUUAAUCUUGUUGGUGCAGUCAGGGCUGUAACCAGGGUUUAGAAAAUAGUGAGGUCCAGAAUUCUUUCUGUUAAUAUAUCAAAAGUAAACAUUUUAAUCAGCUUUCAUUUCUUUUCCUGCAUUCUGGUCAGUUUUUAUUCAACAUUUUUUGUUUUGUUUCUGCAGAACUUUAUGAUUCUUAUCUCGUCUUUUUGUCCUUCUUGUGUCUUAUGCACAAUAAUGAAUGCAUUGAUUGAAUAUUUUAUAAACAUGUGGACUGGACAGUUGACUCUGCACUAUUCCAGCUCUGCAAAGUUUCUGUUUACAAGCAGCCAAUAUGUAAAAGUGAUAUAUAAUUUAAUACAGCAUUAUUUUGUUUCUGAACUUGUAAGAAUGGCAAACUGAACUUUUAAACAUGAUCCAGAUUGUGAUUAAUUUUCUGUGACAAAUGGUCAUACAGUGAUCUUAUCUUUGAUGAAGACAGUUUGGUGACUAUCGCACUGAGACAGACAGAGAGAGAGAGAGAGGGAGAGAGAGGGAGAGAGAGAGGGAGAGUGAGAGAGAGACAGAGAGAGAGAGAGAGACACAGAGAGAGAGAGAGCGAGAGAGAAAGAGAGAGAGAGAGAGAGAGAGGGAGAGAGUGAGAGAGAGACAGAGAGAGAGAGAGCGAGAGAGAAAGAGAGAGAGAGAGAGAGAGAGAGAGAGCGAGAGAGAAAGAGAGAGAGAGAUAAAGAGACAGAGAGAGAGACAGACAGAGAGAGACAGACAGAGAGCAGUUUUUUAUUUUUCCUUACUUAUUCUUCGGGGCUCUAAUUAACUCAACACUCCUGUUUUUAAAAGUUUGAGUCAUUCUGGAGCUUCAUUCUACAAAGGUAUGGCUCUGUAGAUUUGUUAUCAUGUUUGAAAUGUCAAAUAUCAGACCUGAAGACUGUCUUUGUCAAAGCUUUUGUUCAUGUUUCUUUACCAUCUUCAUCUUCAGUGGAUGAAACGUCCUCUGAAGAAUCCAAACUAAGAACGCUUUAUGUUCUUUGAAAACAACAAAGAGUUCAAAAUAAAGAGUCAAAAUAUCUUGUUAGUGUGAAUCCUCUUUCACCUGUAAUCACUCAUCAAUAAAGUAUUUCUACACUUGA